UUCUUUAUGUCUCGGUGAAUAUGGAGUUCACGUUGCUUUGCAAUCUCGGUGGCCCUCGCAAUGCUGGCGUUGCUUUACGUCUCCGGUUGCUGCAUGUGUGGCCGUCGAAGUCUCCGGGGGAUAUCAGAAUCUACAAUUACUGUACUCUUUGGACCGACGAAACAGGGACGCUGAUUCACGGUGUUUCACCGACUUCAAUGGCUGCUGGGAUCCAUCGUUGUCUGUCUGUUGGGAAGAUUUAUAUUGUAAAGUCCUUCGGCUUGAGCAACCCGCCGAAUCAGUAUCGCCCAUGUUCCUUUGAUUUGGCUUUGGGUCUCUCGCCCUCGACUUCUUUUCAGGCCUGUGGUCUUCCUGCUAAGAGUUUUUCGGUUGAUGCGUAUGAGUUUGUGUCUUUCUCCCAGUUGAGCAUGCGUGCUGGCAAUCACCGUUUCUUGACA